AAUGGGCCACAGCUUCCUCCCCAACCUGGCCGUCGCGCUCCGGAGUCGAGUGGGCCGACGUCCUAGCGACGACCGCUCCGCCGACUUCGUUCUCUCCGGUUACCUGGGCUACCACGGCGACUCGUUCGUCGUGACGCCCGCCUACCUGUCGGGUCACGGCGUGCUGGCCCUGCGGGUGGACGAGGUCGACGUGUUCUACCCGACUGUGGCGGCGCUGAUGCUGCGAGCCAUCUACGAGGACUCCGCCUUCUACUCGCCCACCUCGCUCGCCAACUACACGGAGGGGUGCUUCAGCGAGUCCGUGUCCUUCGCGCUGGGAAGAUACGUGGCGCCCCACUCGGUCCUGCCGUUCAUGGGAAGCCGCUGGGCGACGUUCUUCGCGUCGUUCCUCUCUCGACGGAGGGCGGCCGACGUGCAACGCCGCUUGGGCGACCGCGGACGGGCGCAUCUUUACUUCCGGCUCGCCUGCUUCCUCGGUUGCGGGGACACAGCGUUGCGGGACACCUGCAACGACGUCGCCUACUCGAGCGACGACCUGGCGCUCUCGCUAGGUUGCCGCCGAGAGCGGCGCAUCAAGUGCGACUGCGACCGCCUGGACAACUGCGAGACGCACGUACCUCGCGCGUAAGCGGAAGGGAAGCCCGCUGCUUGCGAGGUGGUCGCACGCUGAACGGAGGCGUCGCUGU